CCCGCCAAAUUUUCUUACUCCCUCUAUCUCGACCGUUCUAUCCUUGUCCUUGCUUGCACACCUAACAAAUUCCGCCACGUGGCAUAUCCUUACAUUUCUAUCGAAGAAAGAAAAAAAAAAAGAAAAACUGUACUGCCCCUUCUUUCUGUUAGAUUUUCCUCUCUCUCCUGCUCUCCGUGAUCCGAUGUGGGUCGCCACCGUACUCCACCAACCGGUUGUCCCGGUUCCCCCGAUCUUCACCUCUCAUUUAAACCCCAAAUUAUUCCAUAAACCGAAGACUUUUGGUUUCGGUUUCCGGUUUCCGCCAGUAAAGUUGAAAGUUUCAGCGACGAAGAAGCAGUUGCAGACUCAAAAUCCUGAUGGUGAAGAUUUGCCGACACAAGAGAAAAGCAAUGAUCGAAGUGUUGAUUUGGGAUGGCUUCCUGCUUUUCCUCACGUUUUGACUGCUUCAAUGUCCAAUUUCCUUUUCGGCUAUCACAUAGGCGUAAUGAAUGGUCCCAUCAUUUCAAUCGCUCGAGAACUUGGUUUUGAAGGAGAUCCAAUUCUUGAGGGGCUUGUGGUGAGCAUAUUCAUUGCCGGAGCUUUUGUUGGAAGCAUAAGUUGUGGUUCACUGGUAGACAAACUUGGUUGUCGCCGUACUUUUCAGAUUGACACAAUACCAUUGAUUCUUGGUGCAAUUGUGAGUGCACAAGCACAUUCCUUAGAUGAAAUACUGUUGGGAAGAUUUCUUGUUGGCCUUGGUAUUGGUGUGAACACUGUUCUUGUUCCAAUUUAUAUUUCGGAGGUUGCCCCGACAAAAUAUAGGGGUUCAUUGGGAACUUUGUGCCAAAUUGGUACUUGCCUUGGAAUUAUUCUGUCACUGCUUCUUGGAAUACCAGCAGAGGAUGAUCCACAUUGGUGGAGGACAAUGUUCUAUAUAGCAAGUAUCCCUGGCUUUCUUCUUUCACUUGGUAUGCAAUUUGCUGUGGAAAGCCCCCGCUGGCUAUGCAGAGCGGGGAAAAUAAAUGAUGCAGCUGCAAUUAUCCAUAACCUUUGGGGAUACUCAGAAGUUGACAAAGCAAUUGAGGAAUUCCAGUCGGUCAUCAAGAAUGAUGGCAGUGAUGCAGACAGCAGAUGGUUGGAACUUUUAGAAGAGCCACAUUCUCGAGUUGCAUUCAUUGGAGGAGUCCUUUUUGUUCUUCAACAGUUUGCUGGAAUAAAUGGAGUUCUGUAUUUUUCAUCAUUGACCUUUCAAGAUGUUGGAAUUGCUAGUGGUGCUUGGGCAAGUUUAUUUGUUGGACUUACAAAUUUUGUAGGUGCACUCUGCGCAUCUUUCUUUAUGGAUACGCAAGGAAGGAAAAAGCUUCUUAUAGGAAGUUACCUGGGAAUGGCAGUUUCAAUGUUUGUUAUUGUUUUUGCAAUCAAUUUUCCAUUAGAUGAAGAUUUCAGUCACAACUUAUCUAUCCUUGGAACUCUUAUGUACAUAUUCACCUUUGCAAUUGGAGCAGGCCCGGUAACUGGUCUCAUUAUUCCAGAACUUAGUAGCAACAGGACACGUGGAAAGAUAAUGGGGUUUAGUUUCUCUGUUCAUUGGGUUUGUAAUUUCUUGGUGGGGCUGUUCUUCCUUGACUUAGUGGAGAUAUUUGGAGUUGCUUCAGUUUAUGCUGGUUUUGGCAGUGUGUCCUUGCUGUCAGCAAUUUUUGCAUAUUACUUUAUAGUUGAAACAAAAGGACGAUCUCUUGAAGAAAUUGAAAUGUCACUGAACUCUAACUUCCCACCUAAAAGGUAAGUGACUAAUUCUGAUUCAAUCUCCAGGAGAACGAUGCACGGUGAAGUGCAGCGUUGAGCUUGAUUGUGUAUCACUUUGAUGGGGCAAUCACACUAGCUCUUCAAUGAAGGGAAACGACCAACGUUGCAGAAUUGCAGUCUUAUAGUUAACAUUGUCCAGGUAGGGGGAUGACAUGCAGAUGACAUUUAUCCACUUUAUCCCAUUUCAUUAAUUUUUGUACUUUGCUGUAUCUUUCUCUAUCAUGUGUAAUGCUUUGAUUAAUUUUCAGUAAAGUGUUUUUAAUCAAA